AUGGAAACCAGCGGAUGCAGCGUUCCAACCUCAGCCGAUUCUUUAUUGUCAUCUAUCAGCUUCAUGGUUUUCUCGGUGCUUCAAGCUGUCAUUGGGAUGGCCCUAAAUGCUUUCAUUGUUACGGUGAGUUGCGUCAAUAGAAUGAAAAGAAGACAGCUGAAAUGUACUGAUAAAAUCUUGAUUGCUCUGGGAAUCUCCAGGUUUUGCUACCUGUGUGUGCUCCUAGGCAAGAUUUUAUGGAUGUCUGUCUCUUCUAGAGCUGUUGAAGUGACCAGCGCAUUUCAAAUGGUCAGAGGCGCCAUCUGGUUUCUAUCCUGUGUCUGUUUCUGGUUCUCGGCCUGCCAGUGCUUGUUUUGCUGUGUAAAAAUUGCAAACUUCAGGCAUUGCCUGUUUGUUCACCUGAAGAUGGGAAUCUCCAGACUGGUACCUUGGAUGCUUCUGGUUUCUGUCAUCGGAUCGCUGAUCAACACUUGCCCUUUUUUAUCGGGCAUUUAUAAUAUCACCUGCAGAAAUAACACUGGUUCCAACAUCUCAGGGAACCAAACCCAUCUGGAAGAUCUUGCUUUGGAAACAAAUUUAUUUAAUCUGUUCUUGUUUUGUGGGGUGGGAUUUUCAGCGGCGUUCUCCGUAUCUGCUGCAUCAUCCAGCCUCUUGCUCUUUUCUCUGUGGAGACACACCCACCUGAUGCGGAACGGCUCGACCGGUUUCAGCCACCCAAGCAUGGCUGCCCAUUUUCAGGCCGUGAAAACGAUAACGUCACUCUUGAUUGUUGAUAGCUUCAAUUUUGUCGGGCUGAUGCUCCUGCUCUCCAACCUAUUUGCAGAGCGAACUCCUGAAAAUCAAAUCAUCACAACCGUCAUCUUCGUGUGCCCCUCCGUGCAAUCACAGAUCAUGAUCUGGGGCAAUCCCCAACUUAAAAAAGCAUUCAUCCGAGCAGCAGAUGGCAUCAGGCACAUGUUCUCAGUUUGA